GGAGCAGCACGCGCCUCCCGAGCAGCCGCGCGGAUUAUUUUUAAACUUUUUACCUUUUUUUAAAAACUUUAAACAAACUAAAAGUCCACCAAACUCCGAGCAGCUUCCGGUUGAACGAAUUUAAAUCUGUUCAUAAUAAUUGAAUCUGUUAUUACUCGGACUGAGCGGAGUCUGGAGGAGCAGAACCAACAGAACCAUCAGGACCAUCAGGACCCGGACCAGGACCAGGACCCGCCGGACCAGGACCAGGAUGUCCCGGGCGGAGGAGCGCGAGGACGCGGACUGUGUGUGUUCUGUCGGGAUGAAGUUCACGUGGGACAUCAACGACCCCAAACUGCCGCAGGACACAAAGCAGUUCGACCCGUUCCAGGAGUGGACAGACGGAUACGUUCGCUACAUCUACAGCGCUGAAGAUAAGAACGCCCAGAGGCAUCUGUCCGGCUGGGCCAUGAGGAACACCAACAACCAUAACUGCCAGAUCCUGAAGAAGUCGUGUUUGGGCGUGGUCGUGUGUUCCCGCGGCUGCACGCUGCACGACGGCGCCAGGCUGCAGCUCCGCCCGGCCAUCUGCGACAAGGCUCGCCAGAAACAGCAGAAUGUGUUCCAGAUGUGUUCCAGAUGUGUCCUGACUGUCUCCUUGUGUUUCCAGAUAUGUUUUUCCAGAUGUGUCCUGACGGUCUCCUUGUCUUCCAGAUGUGUUCCAGAUGUGUUCUGA